AGAGGCGAGAGGAGGCUCGCCGCGCCAUGGUGUCCUGCGCGGGGCCGGGGCCGGGGCCGGGGCCGGGCCAGGCCGGGCCAUGAGCCGCGCCGGGAGCUGGGACAUGGACGGCCUGCGGGCAGACAGCGGGGCCGCUGGGGCGGCCCCCGCCUCCUCUUCCUCCUCUGUGGCGGCGGCGGCUCCGGGCCAGUGUCGCGGCUUCCUCUCGGCGCCAGUGUUCGCCGGGACACCCUCCGGGCGUGCGGCGGCUGCGGCGGCAGCGGCGGCAGCGGCGGCGGCCUCGGGCUUCGCUUACCCGGGGACCUCUGAGCGCGCGGGCUCCGCCUCGUCGUCGUCAUCUUCUGCUGUGGUCGCAACGCGCCCAGAGGCUCCCUCCGCCAAAGAGUGCCCGACGCCCGGGGCGGCCGCUGCAGCGCCCCCGGGAGCCCCAGCUCUGGGCUAUGGCUACCACUUCGGCAACGGCUACUAUAGCUGCCGCAUGUCACACAGCGUGGGCUUACAGCAAAAUGCUCUCAAGUCGUCGCCGCACGCCUCGCUGGGAGGCUUCCCGGUGGAGAAGUACAUGGACGUAACGGGCCUGGCAAGCAGCAGCGUACCGACCAACGAGGUGCCCACGAGAGCCAAGGAGGUGUCCUUUUACCAGGGCUACACGAGCCCCUACCAGCACGUGCCUGGCUAUAUCGACAUGGUGUCUACCUUCGGCUCCGGGGAGCCUCGGCACGAGGCAUACAUCUCCAUGGAGGGCUACCAGUCCUGGACGCUGGCCAACGGGUGGAACAGCCAGGUGUACUGCACCAAGGACCAGCCACAGGGCUCACACUUUUGGAAAUCAUCUUUCCCAG